CGGUACGAGGGCCAGAGGCCGGGGUAGAGCCGGCAUGGGGUUCAGCGCCCUGACUCACCGAGGCCUCGCACUGAGUCACCCGCCCCGCCCGCCAGGUGUGGGAGAAGGCAUGGGUGCGGCCUCCCACCAGCCGGCAGGGACCCCCCGAGCUCGGGCCCCGCCGCCCCUUCCGCCCCGAGCGCCGCCGUCGGCACAUGGCACGAUCGGCACAUGGCAGGCCACCCGGGCCUGCCUCUGUCGGCAAAACGGGGCCGCGCACACGUCCGGUCCCACGUAACACAGGCUCGCACGCGGCCUCGGGCGCGCAGACAUACACGUCAGUCCCACUAAGACACAAACACCCUGAGACACAGACACCCAGACUCCAGCGUCCCUCCCCACCACCCUCCAGGCCCCAAGGGAAUAAGCAGACAGAAACGUGAGGGGGCGGGUCUGGGAAGCCUGGACCAGAGCCACCUGCCUGUCUGGACCGGGGUCUCCCUGUGGAAUUGUGGCGGGGCGGGGGUGGGGGCCCGCAGGAGUGACCCAGAUAUUAUUCCCGAGAACAUCAGGUGGGGGAGGGCCCCCUCGGUGCGGGCAGACCGCCCUGUGUCGGAACCCCGGCUCUACCAGGGUGUGUGUGAGUUCGAGAGCAAAUGCGUGAGUGUGCGUGCAUGUGUGUGUGGAUGUGUGUGUGUGCAUGUGGGCGCAUGCCUGUUAAAGGAUCCCACAGACACGGUGAGUUCAGAGCAGUUGUUCUAGAAAUGCCGUCUCCUCCCUGGCCAGACUGCAGCAACAGGGAUCAAGGUUAGAUAGUAAGGUGAACUUCCCAGGAUGUCAGAAGCCAAGACACCAGUUCCCCAGUGGUUCACGUGACCUUUAGAGGGCCCUUUUCCAGGACAGGUCUCCAGAUGCUGGCCAGACAGCGGGGGAGAGGGUCAGCCAGCAUAGGAGCCUGCCAGAGCAGCCUGGAUUCCUGGGUCCUCUCCUCCCUGGGCCUCAGCCUUGCUGGUGGCUAAGUAGUUGGGUGCCCAGGGGUCAUGGGGUGGAGGAGGGAGCAGGGAAGGGUUAAUUACCACCCUGGCUACCCUGCCAAUUAGGGGGAGGAUUAUAAUUUGGGGGUGGGAGUAAGGUCCCCAGGCUGGGGGUGUGUCCCCCCAGGCUGAGCCUCACUAGCGUCAAAGGGUUAAUAGCCCCUGCCCAGAAGCCUCAUUAACCAGGGCGGGUCUGGGGAACGUACUGGGAGGGGAGCCCCCCAGACCUAGUUGGAAGAGGCCGGGGGAGGGGCCGAGGCCCCCUCCCUUCACUCACAUCAUGAGUCCUUUCAGCCACUCACCCUGCCUAGGCUCUCUGGGGACGUGUGACUCUUCUCCCCCAAGAUAUGGCCCUAGCAGGGACCCUGGCAGAGGCUGAUCCCCUCCGGGCACCUCCUCCCUGUCCAGAGACGCCGGAGCCACCUCACCCCAGUCCAUCCCCCUGCUCUGCCUUGGUCUGACCUUCACCCAACCGUCCUCAGUGUUUCCAGCUCAUGCACCUGUUGUCUAUCAAACCAGCCAUCCAUCUGUCCAUCCACCCCUCCUUCCAACGGUCCGACCAGCCCUCCCUCCUCCUCCUCUGCCAUCUCUCCACCCUUCAUCCACCCCCCCGUCUGUCCACUCACCACAGAGUCAGGCUGGCGCCAGCAGCCUCAGUUUCUGUGUGGCUGGAUGGGGUGGGCGUGGCUUUUCCAGGUGGGACAGGGAACUGUGUGUCCGUGGCGAGUGUGGCAUCACUCCCGUGUGGCCACAGCAAAGGACGGGCUCACAGAGGCACAUCCCGCGGUCACUACCACACCCUGCAGUCUGGCUUCAGCUCGCGCUCCCAGAGCCUCGGUGGGGACAACGUCUCUACCUUCCGGCCCGUUGCCAAGCCUGCCUACAGCCCGGCCUCCUGGUCCUCCCGCUCAGCUGUGGAUCUGAGCUCCAGUCGGAGGCUGAGCUCUGCCCACAACGGGGGCAGCGCCUUUGGGGUCGCGGGGUACGGGGGAGCCCAGCCUGCCGCACCCAUGCCUACCCGGCCCAUGUCCUUCCACGAGCGUGGGGGGGCGGGGAGCCGGGUGGACUACGACACGUUGUCCCUGCGCUCGCUGAGGCUAGGGGCCGGGGGCCUGGAUGACCGCUACAGCGUGGUAUCCGAGCAGCUGGAGCCCCCAGCUGCCUCGGCCUACAGGGCCUUUGGCUACGAGCGCCAGGCCAGCUCCGGCCGGUCAGGGGGCUUGGACUGGCCGGGAGCCGCUGAGGGGCCACCCAGCCGGACCAUCCGUGCGCCGGCCAUGCGGACCCUGCAGCGAUUCCAGAGCGGCCACCGCAGCCGUGGCGUGGCCGGGGUGGCCCCAGGGGGUGUCCUGGAGCCUGUGGCCCGAGCACCAUCCGUGCGCAGCCUCAGCCUGAGCCUGGCCGACUCCAGCCACCUGCCGGAUGUGCGUGGACUGGACAGCUACGGUGGCCACCGCACUCUGCAGAGGCUCAGCAGCGGAUUUGACGACAUCGACCUGCCCUCAGCAGUCAAGUACCUCAUGGCCUCAGACCCCAACCUGCAGGUGCUGGGAGCAGCCUACAUCCAGCACAAGUGCUAUAGCGAUGCGGCAGCCAAGAAGCAGGCCCGCAGCCUUCAGGCCGUGCCCAGGCUGGUGAAGCUUUUCAACCACGCCAACCAGGAGGUGCAACGCCACGCCACGGGCGCCAUGCGCAACCUCAUCUACGACAACGCGGACAACAAGCUGGCCCUGGUGGAGGAGAACGGCAUCUUCGAGCUGCUGCGCACGCUGCGUGAGCAUGACGACGAGCUGCGCAAGAACGUCACAGGGAUCCUGUGGAACCUGUCCUCCAGCGACCAUCUGAAGGAUCGCCUGGCCAGGGACACACUGGAACAGCUCACAGACCUGGUGCUGAGCCCCCUCUCGGGGGCCGGAGGACCACCCCUCAUCCAGCAGAAUGCCUCUGAGGCUGAAAUCUUCUAUAAUGCCACGGGCUUCCUCAGGAACCUCAGCUCAGCUUCCCAGGCCACUCGCCAGAAGAUGCGUGAGUGCCACGGGCUGGUGGAUGCCCUGGUCACCUACAUCAACCACGCCCUGGACGUGGGCAAGUGUGAGGACAAGAGUGUGGAGAACGCCGUGUGCGUGCUGAGGAACCUGUCCUACCGCCUGUACGAUGAGAUGCCGCCCUCCGCCCUGCAGCGGCUCGAGGGCCGGGGCCGCAGGGACACGGCCGGGGCGCCACCCGGCGAGGUGGUGGGCUGCUUCACGCCUCAGAGCCGGCGGCUUCGAGAGCUGCCCCUCACGGCUGAUGCACUGACCUUCGCCGAGGUGUCUAAGGACCCCAAGGGUCUUGAGUGGCUGUGGAGCCCCCAGAUCGUGGGGCUGUAUAACCGGCUGCUGCAGCGCUGUGAACUCAACCCACACACGACCGAGGCAGCCGCGGGAGCACUGCAGAACAUCACCGCGGGCGACCGCAGGUGGGCGGGCGUGCUGAGCCGCCUGGCCCUAGAGCAGGAGCGUGUCCUGAACCCGCUGCUGGACCGGGUUCGGACCGCUGACCACCACCAGCUCCGCUCGCUGACUGGCCUCAUCCGAAACCUGUCUCGGAAUGCCAGAAACAAGGACGAGAUGUCCACCAAGGUGGUGAGUCACCUGAUCGAGAAGCUGCCGGGCAGCGUGGGCGAGAAGUGUCCCCCCGCCGACGUGCUGGUCAACAUCAUAGCCGUGCUCAACAACCUGGUGGUGGCCAGUCCCAUCGCUGCCCGAGACCUGCUCUACUUUGACGGGCUCCGAAAGCUGGUCUUCAUCAAGAAGAAGCGGGACAGCCCUGACAGUGAGAAGUCCUCCCGAGCAGCCUCCAGCCUCCUGGCCAACCUGUGGCAAUACAGCAAGCUCCACCGAGACUUCCGGGCGAAAGGCUAUCGAAAGGAGGACUUCCUGGGCCCAUAGGUGAGGCCUUCCUGGAGGAGGAUGCAACGCCGCCUAGCCUCCAAGGGAUAGGCUCAGCUCUGCGCUGCUCGCUGGCCAGCCUGGCGGAGAAGGCUGAUGGCCCGGGGCCUCUCACGGGAGCCCUGUGUGCCACUUUGCAGGGGCCCAGGCACCAGGGAGGGCAUGGGGGCGCUGUUUUAGGGAUUUGGCUUCUAUAGGGCAGGGGUAGGGCAGGGCUUGAGGCUGCUCGGUGUGGGGGGUGGUGACCGGGUCAUUGGGCAGAGGUGGUGAACUGCCAGCGCUGGGAAUAAAGAUAGCUGUGGACACA